UCUGCGAGCUUCGCUGCCCGCCCGCCUGGCCGUCGUUCGCCCGGGUCCCGGGACGCCGACCCUCGCAGGAGCCUGUGCGCGCGAACGCCGAGGCGCGUCGGCCAGCACGCCCCAGCCGCGGGAGGCGCUCCGAGCGCGCCGGGUGGGAUGCGAGGCUGAGGGCGCUGCGCGGCCAGGCGGGGGAAGCCAGGGGCUGCCCGGCGCGGUGGGGUGUGUGUGCGACAGCGCCGGGGUCCACCAGCCCGCGGAGGGCUGAGGAGGAGCAGGCUGUGCACGCGAGGGAGGGCGCGGUGAAAGCCUUGCCUGCUUUCGAGAGUUCCAGAGCGCGCGUCCUCGGCCAGCGCAGUGGUCCUGCAGCCUCCCUCGCGCCCCCGAGCCACCAAAGGCGGCGACACCUGAUCCGGCGCACAAAACACGGGUCCCUUCUGUCCCGGAUACAAUUACGCGGCAGAGACACACUCAAACUCACGCACAGCAGUCUCCAGAGACGAGCUAUGAAGUCCUACACUCCAUAUUUCAUGCUCCUAUGGAGUGCUGUUGGGAUUGUGAAGGCUGCCAAAAUCAUCAUUGUGCCGCCAAUUAUGUUUGAAAGCCAUAUGUACAUUUUCAAGACACUGGCUUCGGCCUUGCACGAGAGAGGCCACCAUACAGUGUUCCUUCUCUCUGAAGGCAGAGACAUCGCCCACUCUAAUCAUUACAGCCUCCAACGUUAUCCAGGGAUUUUUAACAGCACCACCUCUGAUGCUUUCCUGCAGUCCAAAAUGCGGAAUAUUUUCUCUGGGAGAUUGACAGCCAUUGAACUGUUUGACAUACUGGAUCACUACACCAAGAACUGUGACAUGAUGGUUGGCAACCAUGCCCUCAUUGAGGAUCUGAAAAAAGAGAAGUUUGACCUGUUGCUGGUGGACCCUAAUGAUAUGUGUGGAUUUGUGAUUGCUCAUCUUUUAGGCGUUAAAUAUGCUGUGUUUUCCACUGGCCUUUGGUAUCCUGCCGAAGUGGGUGCUCCUGCUCCAUUAGCUUACGUCCCUGAGUUUAACUCACUCCUCACAGAUCGCAUGAACUUGCUGCAAAGGAUAAAAAACACUGGCGUUUACCUCAUUUCCAGAAUAGGGGUCAGCUUUCUGGUUCUUCCCAAAUACGAAAGGAUAAUGCAGAAAUACAACCUGCAGCCGGAGAAGUCCAUGUAUGACUUGGUUCAUGGGUCCAGUCUGUGGAUGCUGUGUACUGAUGUAGCCCUGGAGUUUCCAAGACCCACUCUGCCUAAUGUUGUUUAUGUAGGAGGAAUCCUAACCAAACCGGCCAGUCCACUACCAGAAGAUCUUCAACAGUGGGUGAAUGGUGCUAGUGAACAUGGCUUUGUGCUGGUCUCAUUUGGAGCGGGUGUCAAAUAUCUGUCAGAAGACAUUGCGAACAAACUUGCGGGAGCCUUGGGGAGACUGCCUCAAAAAGUGCUUUGGAGAUUUUCUGGAACCAAACCAAAGAAUCUAGGAAACAACACUAAGCUCAUAGAAUGGUUACCACAAAAUGACCUGCUGGGGCAUUCAAAUAUUAAAGCCUUCCUGAGCCAUGGUGGGUUGAACAGUAUUUUUGAAACUAUGUACCAUGGUGUGCCUGUGGUAGGAAUCCCACUUUUCGGAGAUCAUUAUGAUACGAUGACCCGUGUCCAGGCAAAAGGCAUGGGGAUAUUGCUGGAGUGGAAGACAGUUACCGAAGGAGAGCUAUAUGAAGCCUUGGUGAAAGUUAUCAAUAAUCCCAGGUACCGUCAGAGGGCCCAGAAGCUUUCAGAAAUUCACAAGGACCAGCCUGGCCACCCUGUCAAUCGCACUGUCUACUGGAUAGGUUACAUUCUCCGCCACAACGGAGCCCACCACCUGCGUGCCGCAGUCCAUCACAUCUCGUUCUUCCAGUAUUUUUUACUAGAUGUUGCUCUUGUGCUUUUGCUUGCGGGUGCUUUAUUUUACUUCCUCUUGUCCCGGGUGACAAAGUUUAUCUACAGAAAAAUCAAAAGCCUGUGUUCUAGAAAUAAGCAUAGUGCAGUUAAUGGACAUUACCACAACGGGAUCCUCAAUGGCAAGUAUAAAAGAAAUGGCCAUAUUAAACAUGAAAAGAAGGUGAAAUGAGCCAACACGGCCAGCGUAAUAGAAACAAAUUGGUUCAGUCGUUGAAUCUUUACUGCUAUAAUUUAGUCUAACAGCUACUAAAAGGGAAACAUCAGUAAAAACAAUUCUAACAGUCCCUUGUCAGAUCUUACUAAUGAAAUUCUGUGGAAUGAGGAAGGCUGUAAGAAGCACAAACCUAAAAUGCAAAAAAAAAAAAAAAAAAGUGUUUGCUUCAAACACUGAUGCAGUGAGUUUGGGCACUGAACCUCUUAGAAGCCUUAAUUAUUUAAAUCAGUUAAGCGACCAUGUCAGACCUUAGUUUUAAUUCUUGUUAUGUGUGUGUCCCAGAUAAGGAAUGGUUUCCGUCCUCUUAGUAAGAUUUGAGUGUGGGUGCGCAUGCGUGCAUACUGAUUAUGAGUUUUGGCUGCUCACUGUUAUUUGUUGAGGGUAAACCACAUUCAAAAGUGAAGUAAACAAGCAGGUUCCACAUGGUUCUCUUCUGGCCUUCCAUGUGUGUGAAUCCAGAACACAACCGUGCAAAAAUGCUUUCCCCUAGAAACUGAAUACAGACAAAGAAACUGAAAAGCUUGAUGGUGUGGGCUUUUGCUGUUCUUGUAUUCCUUGUUUGUUUUCCUUUGCUCGCAGACUGUGAAUGCCUCUGCAAGGAAAACAUGUAAUGAAGCAAAUGUAUCAUUAUCUGUCACAUUUUACUUUUGGUCUCCUCCCAAUAAUUUUCCUGUCAAAAAAAUUCAGUUUUUUUAUAUGUCAUUGUAACGGGAACCGUAAUGUUAAUUGAGUCAUGAAGACAAAGCAAAAAGGCUGUGACUUUCAUUCAGAAUACUAAAAAUUACUGUCUGUAAUGACAUUUUUAAACAGGAUCAGUGUUUGAAUGUUUAUGUAACCGAUGGUUUUUCUAUACUGUAACUUUAGAAUGUUCAGGUUACGUUUCCAGAGUUUGAACUUUAAAAUCUCAUCUCAUGCCGAUUGUUGUCUGGGCCACACAAUCUAUACUACAUAGGUGCCAACACUAUUUUUACAUGUGAUGUUUGCAGUUCCGCAUUUUGGUACCUGCUGUUGUCUGAAGAGGCUUGAGAUUUUGCUAGCAAAUCAGACUUUACAGUGAUACAAAGACAGGACUUGUAAGUUGUACCAUUUGUUUGUUAGAAGGAGUUCCUCCUUCUGUCUUCACCCUUUUACCCCCGCCCACUUCAGCAGCCUUUUCCAGGAAUUGUGGCUGACAUGGAACAGUGGCAGUAUUCAGGUGGGAGCAGGGAUGCAACUAAUAGGCAUCAUAAAUCAGGACCUCCCUGCUGAACCAUUCACUUGUUGGCAACUAUGGUUUUAUUCCAUGUCAUUCUGUUUACUUAGCAUUUGCACUACACAUGUUGAGUGUAUGCUUUAUUUAUUUGUAGUUUGAAAACCCAUGUCUGACAGCUGAGAGUAGAAAAAUACAUUUACCAGAGAUCAUUCACAAAUAUGGAAGAGUUUUGAAAAUUCUAGAAUGCUGUAAAUCCUUGUCAUACACUAUGACAUACAACUUCAAUACACUCCCACCAGGAGCCACUCUCUUGUACUUAGAAAUAAUGUCACAAGUAGUUUCCUAAUGUAUAAUGCAGACAAAUGUACUGCUCUCUGAAUACUUGAAGAAAUGGUGUUAUACAUAUAAGUCUGUUAGUUAUAUCUUUUCACAAUCUUAUCACAAUGUUGACAUUAAAAGAGGAAAAAAGGCAAUGAAUGGUGGGAUAGUAACAGGGCUUAGAGUGUAUGAAUGAGUUGAUUAAAUUUUUUAGAAUUUGACGAAUUUGAAAGUAGACACUGAUUGUAUUAUCGAGAGCGAGGUUAUCUCCACUGUGAUAAAACUUAAUAAACGUGAUUUAAAAUAGAGAAAUGUUGUUGGAAUAAAGUUUUUAUUCAGAUUUUUUGGCAAUAUUAUUUAAAUAUAUAUACAUAUAUACAUUAUAAACAUGUUUCUAAGAUGUCCCAACUUUCAUAUGUGUAAAUAAGUAUGAAAACAAUGUAUUAAAUGUGAGAAUGUUUUUUAUUAUCAUUAAACAAAAUAAUUUACCUUAUAAGUACAUCAACAAGGAUCUUAAAAUUCUGUCCCAGAAUUAAGAAUGCGAAGUACAGGUACUUACGAUUGCUGUUGUGUUUUUUUUCCAGUAAGCAUGUUGGUAGCCAGUUUUCAUAAAUGGAAUGGUUUGCAAUUUUCCACACUUUGGCUAGA